CCCAUGCCCCCUCUCCCCCCCAGCCCUCUGGCCAUGGAGUACCUAAACGACUUUGACCUCCUCAAGUUUGAGGUGAAAUCUGACACUCCUCCGCUCGCUCCACCAUGUGUGUAUCCCAAAUCUGGCCUCCCCCAAGACCCCUCCAGUUCUCCGUACACCAGCCACCCUCCCCAGGACUCCAGUUUGAGCUCCAGCCCUUACAACUCCCUGCCACCCUCGCCGACGCUCAGCGAUGCACACCCACCGCCUUCGGGCUCUUCCUCCCUCUCUUCGUCAUCCUCCUCCAUCUCCUUCCCCCUCUCCAUCUCCAACAGCUUCACCUCCGGCAUCAGCUCCGGCUCUCAGGGGAACGUAGAAGGCAGCCCGGCCCACGGCGGGCCUCAGGGUCCCACCCCGGCCUCGCUGGAGGACCUCAUCUGGCUGGCAGCGCUGCAGCAACAGUUUGGAGGGGAGGUGACAGGGCCCGCCACUUUGCUGGGGGCCCUGGGAGGAGUACCAGAGAGAGGGGAUAGAGAGAAGGGGCCCGCCAAUGGCUUUUUGGGCUGUGAGGAUGCUGUGGAGGCUUUACUGAACUCAGCUGCUGCAGCUGUCAACUCACAGUUUCCAGGCCUUUCUCAGAGUUCGAGCAGCAACCUGGGAGACUCCAGCAGCGACAGCGGAGCUGACAUCUCCUGCCCCAAAGGGACAGACAUGUGCCAUCGCCCGCUCGUCUUCCUCUCAUCGGCCCCUUCCUCGCUCCCCAACGCCACUGCUUCCUCAGCUCCCUACCCACAACCCCUCAGUCCUCAGGGCCGCCUUCAUCACCACCAGCAUCACCAUCAUCAGCACCACCCGCACCACCCCAUGCAUGGCAGCCAUCACCAUCAUCACCACCCGCAGAUGAGUCAGUGCGGGGUGAAUGACCGCUUCUCUGAUGAGCAGCUGGUGAGCCUGUCAGUGCGGGAGCUGAACCGACACCUGCGGGGAGUGAGUAAGGAUGAGGUGGUGCGCUUGAAGCAGAAACGCCGCACGCUCAAGAACCGCGGCUAUGCCCAGUCCUGCCGCUACAAGCGCCUACAGCAUCGCCACGCUCUGGAGUCAGAGAAACAUGUGCUCACACAACAGUUGGAUCAGCUACAGUGUGAGCUGACUCGAGUGCUGAGGGAGAGAGACGCCUACAAGGCUCGCUACGAGAAGCUCCUCAGUACGAACCACGGCAUCGGCGGCGACGCCCCACCUCCCCGCACCAGCAACCCACCUUCCCCGCCCCCUGACUACUUCCUCUGA